AAUAAUUAACAUAAAAAUUACCGUUCACAAUGUUUCGGAAGUGUUUGACGACAUUAGUGCAAAGCACAGUUAGCACCACUGGAACUUUAACGCCAAAAGCCAGAGAAUUUCUCCGGCGUUCUAUGCACAAUGGAACUAUGGGUCGUCCACCAAAAAUUUUGAUAACUGGUGGUUUGGGUCAAUUGGGCAUUGAAUGUGCCAAGCUAUUGCGUUCCCAGUAUGGUAGUGAAAAUGUCAUUCUCUCGGAUAUCAUAAAGCCCAACGAUGCCAUUUGCGAAAGUGGUCCAUAUAUUUUUGCUGAUAUUUUAGAUUUUAAAGGAUUGCAGAAAAUUGUUGUCGAUCAUCGUGUCGAUUGGUUGAUACAUUUUUCAGCUUUGCUGUCGGCGGUGGGAGAACAAAAUGUGCCAUUGGCUGUCAGAGUCAACAUUGAGGGUGUCCACAAUGUUAUCGAACUGGCAAAACAAUAUAAUUUGCGCAUAUUUGUACCAAGCACCAUUGGCGCCUUUGGCCCGGAGAGUCCACGCAAUCCAACACCAAAUGUUACAAUUCAAAGACCCCGCACCAUUUAUGGUGUCUCAAAAGUUCAUGCUGAACUAAUUGGAGAGUAUUAUUAUCAUAAGUUUGGUUUAGAUUUUAGAUGUUUACGUUUCCCCGGUGUUAUUUCCAGUGAUCCACCAGGUGGUGGCACUACUGAUUACGCCGUUGCCAUUUUCCAUGAGGCAUUACGGACUGGCAAAUAUAAUUGCUACUUGAGACCUGAUACUCGUUUACCCAUGAUGUAUAUUGAGGAUUGUUUAAGAUCCCUGCACGAAUUUAUGUGCGCCCCCUCCGAACAGCUGAAACAUCGUGUCUACAAUGUCACUGCCAUGUCAUUUACACCCGAAGAAUUGGUGGAAAAACUUAGCAAAUAUGUACCGAAUUUACAUGUUACCUAUCAACCGGAUAGUCGGCAACUGAUUGCCGAUUCAUGGCCACAGGUCUUUGAUGAUAGUGAGGCUCGCCGUGAUUGGAAUUGGCAACAUAAAUACGAUUUGGAUAAUUUGGUCGAUUUUAUGGUCAAAGAUGUACAAGAGAAUUAUAUAAAUGUUGAAAAUGGUAACGGUAAUGGUCAGGAGCAGAGAGCAUCCGCUUCCAUGUAG